CGAUAAUCGGGGGUUGUAUUUGUUCUGGUUUUUGCUGGUGUUUUUUGAGAAUCCAUUGGAGAAGCAGGUGGUUUCGGGGUGUACCAUGCAUUCCGCUCGGUUGGAGGAUAAGAAUGAAAGUGUACGGGAAGAGCAUGCAGAACGUGACGAUGAACAUGAAGGGAUUACAGUUAGUCGUAGUGAAGAAGACUCAACUCCAACUCCUCCGAUUAAUUCAAACAUAACAAAUAAGCGAGCGAAAAUUGAUUUUCCUUCAGAAAUAUUACAUGCGAAGAGACAAAUGCAAGAGGCAUUUGAGCACGUGAAAGGCAGUGUCAACGACGAAUAUGAAAUGUUUGGGAAACUGAUUGCUGCUAAAAUAAGAAAACUUAAAAACCCAAAUACCAGAGACAUUCUUAUGAAUGAUAUCCAUAGCAUGGUUAUAAACGCAGGCAUGAUAGAUCGGGUUCACCCAACUCAUCCAUAUCACUCCCAAAUCCAUUCAUCGUUACAUCAGAAUCAAACCUACCGGUCCCCGACUCAUCCAUCACCAUCUCAGUUACCAAAGAACCACACAUAUCACUCUUCAAAUCAAUCAUCACCAUCUCCAUCACCACCGACCCAAACGUACCAGUCUCCGAUCCAUCCAUCGCCAUCGCAGAACCAAACCAUGCCAUCUCAGAAAACAUCACAAUUCGUUAUAUCGGAGACUGGUGAUAUAGUAUUCAUAUGAAAAUGUAGUAGUUUUGUAGUUUUUUUUAUGGAUGGUAUACCUUUUUUUUAAUAGGAAUGAGAAUAGAAAAAUGUUUAUUUUGUUAUUAAUAAUCGAAAAGAAAAACUCCAUAAAGGUACAUGUUGCUUAGACUAUAGGCACUUAGUGAAAUAAACUGAACUAUGAGUAAAAUAUUGUAUUUUUCUUACCAUAACUUCGUCUUUCAAAACGAUCAAAAUACUUGCA